AUCAAAUCAAAACAAUGAAAUACUCUUUAUUCAUCUCUGCUGCUUACAUUGCUUCUGUUGCCUUUGCUCAAGAUGCACCUAUCAUUUCCAUCACUUCUCCUUUGGCCAAUACCAAAUACAAGGCUGGUCAAGAAGCCAUCAUUUCUUGGAUCAAUCCUACUGUCUCUACCAUUGAUCAAAUCGUCUUAGCCAAGGGUUCUUCUUCUGCUCUUCAGCCUAUCAUGACCAUUGCUACUAAUGUCAAUGCAGGUGAUAUGAAGUAUGUCUGGAAGAUUCCUGCUGAAUUGGAAAGUGGUACUGAAUAUGCUUUUGAGUUUGGUACUUCACCCAAAAUGGCUUUUGCAGGUCCUUUUACGAUUGAAGGUAGUACUGGCGGUGCUGUUCCUGCUGCUGCUAAUGCUACUACUAGCAAGACAGACGUCAAUGUGGCUGCUGCUGCUCCUCAACCUGCUGCCAAUGCUGCUUCUACUCCCAAUAGUGCUAGUCCUUCUUCCAAUGCAAACACAAGCCAGUCUUCACCACGUAUGGCUUCUCCUACUUCAGCAGGUACAAAGCACACCAUGAAUUCCAUGGUUGUCUUGGGUUUGGCUGCUACUGUUGUUUCUCAAUUCUUUUAAUAUGUAUAUCAUUUUUUUUUAUAUAUAAAAUUUUCUCUCUCACAAACUGUCAAGAAAUAAUAAUAAUA